AGGUCUACGCGUCUCUCAAGAUGGCGGCGGCGGCGGUGACGGGUUUGUUCAUCAAAAGCCGAGUCCCGGGGGUAAUCCCGGUGAGAUGGAGCCGUUACAGUCAGAAUUACCUGGAGCCAGAGGUCAACAGGGAAUACUAUCGCGCUCCAGUCACAGAGCUCAGCCAAGAGGAGAAGGAUAUUCAGGAGCUCAAGAGGGUUCGACCGAUAAAAGCUGCUCAGAACAGUAUUACCAGCUCGGUCUUUUAUGAUCCUCUUUUAAGCAAAUUCAUCAAUAUGAUAAUGACGGGAGGACAGAAAAAGUUGGCUCGAUCCAUUAUGAAUGAGACCUUUGAGCUUAUUAAACGGAAGCAGGUUGAGCUGUACCACAAGGCUCCAGAGGCCAAUAGAGAGAACAUUGAGUGUAACCCCUACAAGAUCUUCCACCGGGCUUUGGAAAACUGUAAACCUGUCAUUGGAUUAACUAAUAUUCAGCGUGGCGGCAAGACCUACCAGGUUCCAACACCACUGAAGGACAACCGCCGACGUUUCCUGGCCAUGAAGUGGUUGAUCACACAUUGCCAGGAGAGCAAGUCUCUGCAGACACACAUGUCCAUCCAGCUGUCACAGGAGCUGCUCGCUGCGUUCAACAACGAGGGCAACGUCAUCAAGAGGAAACACGACCUGCACAAAAUGGCCGAGGCAAACCGAGCCUUUGCCCACUAUCGGUGGUGGUGAGUGAGCCGGGCGGCACCAGACACCAGACUCUUGUGAGUCUUAACCUUCAAGACACUGGAUUGUCAGAUUUCACUCUUAUCUGGACCGAGCAGCGAUUUGUCACUAACUCAACAAAGACAGUAAUCAAAGUGCUGCGAUGCGACAGUUAACUUAACCACAAGCUUCACUGAACCCGGCCACCCUGAGACAAGACACAAGAUUGUUUCGAACCACGUCAAUCCACAAACGAGAAGUGAGGUUUUAAAAUAAAACUUCAGAGAUUUAAUGGGAAAAAGAGACGAGACUAUACAGUCAAAUAAAAUGUUUCACUUC